GCUGGCCACCAGGAAGCCUUCUAUAUUCUCCUUAAUGCUGGAAUUCAAGCUGAAUUGAUUCUUGGAACCAUUGCAAGGAGAGCAAAUGAGAACAACAGCAACUCCAAUGGGGAUUAUUGGGAAGAUAGGGUUAGGUUUAGCGAAGACAAGCUCUUGGACUCCCAAAGUAAAGGUGUUGUGAUGGCUUGGGAGAAACCUCUGAUGGAGGCACACGCCAAGGACCAUGGUGAAGAACCGGCUUUUUUGGUUUCUCCUUCUCACUUUCUUCUUCCUCGCGAAUCUGGAUUCGGCGGCGAGGGCUGCAGCAGGGAGAUCGAGGGAAAUCCCUCCGGCGGCGGCGAAAGCAGGGUAUAGAGGAGGAAGAAGAAGGGUGGAUGGGUC